AUGCUUCAUUCUCAUGAAAAACUAACUGCUUUCAAAAUGAAGCUUGAACUGUGGCACUCAAAGCUGGAUAGAAAGAACUUUGCAUCAUUUCCUCUACUAAACUUGUUUAUUGAUGUAAACGAGCUUCAAGUCGAUGAUGAUAUCGUUGAACUUAUGAAGCAAUACGUGUCAAUACCUGGCAGAGAAAUAUCUUUUUAUUUUUCUGAUCUUCAUAACUUUGACAAAUACAGCCGUUUUAUCAGGAACCCCUUUGUACUCUCUGUUAGCGAUCUGCCUACAGAAGACAAUUUAAUUCAAGAGCAGUUCAUUGAUUUGGUCGAUAAUGGAGGUGCAAUUUUUUUUUUCCGUAAAAUGUACUGUUCUGACUUUGGGAUUGAAAUGGCACGGUCAUAUCCUGAUGUCGCAAAGAUGGCUCUUAAAGUACUGAUGCCAUUUCCAUCCACCUAUGAGUGUGAGAUGCGUUUUCCACCCUCCUUGCCAUCAAAAUGA